CAUCAGCCCCGUUGUAGUGCAGUGUGCAAAACUUACGUCUGGUUGGCGUGGGGCGGGAAACGCCUUCCAGAGGGGGGAAACAAAACGGGCGCGCGGUCGGUAGCCAGCCACGGCUUCCCGGAGUGCUGUCACGCGUGUGCCUCCCAGCAACCGCCAGAAUGCCAAACUGGGGAGGUGGCAAGCGAUGUGGGGUGUGCCAGAAGACGGUGUACUUUGCCGAGGAGGUCCAGUGUGAGGGCAACAGCUUCCAUAAAUCCUGCUUCCUAUGCAUGGUCUGCAAGAAGAAUCUGGACAGCACCACUGUGGCCGUGCACGGAGAAGAGAUCUACUGCAAGUCUUGUUAUGGCAAGAAGUAUGGGCCAAAAGGCUAUGGCUUCGGGCAGGGCGCAGGAACCCUGAGUAUGGACAAGGGGGAGUCUCUGGGCAUCAAGCAUGAGGAGGCCCCCGGACAUAGGCCCACCACCAACCCCAAUGCAUCCAAGUUCGCCCAGAAGAUUGGUGGCUCUGAGCGCUGUCCCCGAUGCAGCCAGGCGGUCUAUGCUGCGGAGAAAGUGAUUGGUGCCGGCAAGUCCUGGCAUAAGUCCUGCUUCCGCUGUGCCAAAUGUGGCAAAGGCCUUGAGUCGACCACCCUGGCAGACAAGGAUGGGGAGAUCUACUGCAAAGGAUGCUAUGCUAAAAACUUUGGGCCCAAAGGUUUUGGCUUUGGACAAGGAGCUGGUGCCUUGGUCCACUCAGAGUGAGCCUCCGCUGCCUGUGUACCCUGCCUACUCCUGUGCUUUUUGUCGUCAGUCCCUGCCCAGAAGCCUUGGACACCUCCAAGAUUCUCUCUCUCACUCAGCCCUGGCACACAGCACUAAUGUUGGACUUGGGUAUCUGGCUUCUUUUGGUUUAGGGGUCUGCCUGAGCUCCUACCCCACUAAGGGCUUCCUUCUGCCUGGCAUUUGAUACCACCACCUUUAGGAGACACCUGUCACCCCUUUAGAGAGAACAGGUUCCUCUUCCUACGCUUCACCCCCACAGACCAAAUGUCCACCCUCUCCUGGCCAGGACACCAGAACCCAUGUCCUUGGAGCCCAGACCUGGCGGGAGGGGGAGGCAGGGCCAGGAUUGGCCUGGGGAAGGCAACAGUUUAUUGUAUUCCCAGAGAGUCUCAUCUAGGAAGGAAGCUGAACUUCUUAGUGCCCUUCAGAAUAAACCUGAGGCUUCUCAGUUAGGGGAGUCCCGUUGGGAGGCAGAGAUGUGCAGACAAGGUUGUGGACCACAGGAAGGAGCUCUUUCUUUGGGCUCUUGCCUUCGAAAGUGGAAUGGGUAUUAUCCCACUUGGGAAUGGAGAAGCACCCAGGUCAGAGGACCCCACAAUCUGGAGGUUGCCUGACUCCCUUAGGCAUCAAGUUCCCUGUUUGAUGGGGAAGGGGAGAGCCUAAUGAAAUACUUUGAACAUGCAUUCACAUUUAUUGUGGAAUAUAAGAGAAUGGUCAGCUUUGGUCCUAACCCUGGGUCUGGUGGCUGGAAUGGACAGUUUCUCUCUGUGCCAACAUAGCCCAGGGUAGUGCUUUGUUCUCGCUGCUCCUAACAGUUCAUCUAAUGUGGAGGGAGACGGAGGUAGCGUGCCUUCUUGUAACACCCUUUCCCUCUGCCUCCAGCCCUCACUCCCCUUCACCUCAGACCCAGACCCUGCCUCUUCCAUCCCACCCUUCUCUUAGGGACCUUCACUAGCUUCCAGGCCCCAAGGUCAGGUACACAGGGAGGAAGGGGAAGGGCUGGGCCUUGAUGCUCCCAAGGGACUGAAGGGACAACACUGUCUGCAGGCAUUUGCUGUAGGCAUGGGCUGUGCGGAAGCUGAUUUCUCAUCUGGUCAAUAAAGCAGUUUAGAACAGAA